GGUGUCCUGAGGGGAGUGGAAGGUCUGGGAGGGCUCUGGGGUCACCAUGACCAACGUGUACUCCCUGGACGGGCUGCUGGUGUUCGGGCUGCUCCUGGUCUGCACGUGCGCCUACCUGAGGAAGGUGCCCCGGCUGCGCUCCUGGCUGCUGUCCGAGAGGAGGGGGCUCUGGGGGGUCUGCCACAAGGGUGAGGGGGGCAAUGGGG